AUGGUACCGCAAAAUAAGCAAGCAUUUGAAACUGAGGAAUCUGAAGAAUAUAUUUCUUCAGAAAUUCAAGAUAACGAAAUUUCUAUCAAUGAAGACCAAGAAACUACACGUUCUUCUACUGUUACUUCCUUAAUUUCAGGUGUAAAGUCUGUUGCUUUUGACGUUUCUUCUUAUUGGGCAAAGAGGCUAUAUGAUACGAUACGUCGUGAUCCGCAAUCACAUUAUAAGCAUAUUUUAGAAACCGCAAAUAAUUAUGAGCAGUGGGCAGAGGCAGCAAAUAUCCUAGAUAAGUUACAAGGAAAGGAAGAAUGGAAGCAUAAUGCAAUUUCCCCAGAUUACGAUUAUGAUCUAUUACAAAAACGUCUUGCGCAAUUAACAAGAGCUCGUAAGACUGGUCAAUUAUCACAAAUGAUAUUUUUAUUAAGAACAUCCCUUGCAAGAAACCUCGGGGAUAUGGGCCAGCCGAAGUUAUAUGCAUAUACCAAUAUUGGAACUAAGAAAUUGAUAGAAGCCUAUAUUAACGAAGUUGUAAAACAAAUGAAUAUCAUUUGUGACACAGAAUCUGAAGACAUAUCAACUAAAGACAAACUAGAAUUUUUCACUAAUACAAGACAGUCUUUUGGAAGAACGGCCCUCUUAUUAAGCGGAGGAGCCACAUUUGGUCUAACUCAUGUGGGAGUGAUUAAAAGUCUUCAUGAAUGUAAAUUAUUACCUCGUAUUAUAUCAGGUGCAUCAAGCGGAUCAAUUAUUGCUGCCCUUCUAUGCACAAAGACAGAUGAAGAGAUACCAAUGACAUUAAAAGCUUUGAACUCUGAAGAAUUUGACUUGGAAGUAUUCGAAAAAUCAUCAGAACCAGAUACUUGGUUGACAAGAUUAGAAAGAUUCCUAAAACAAGGAGUUUUAUUUGACGUAGACAUUUUAAGGGAAUGUAUGCGUCGAAACAUUCCUGAUAUGACUUUUCAGGUUAGGGAAGGACUUUUGUCAUUUUCUUAUAAUCGCACACGAAGAAUUUUGAAUAUAACUGUCAGCUCUUCUACGGUUUAUGAGAUGCCUCGACUUCUGAAUUAUUUGACAGCUCCAAAUGUGUUAAUCUGGUCGGCUGUUGCAGCGUCGUGCUCUGUCCCUUUCAUUUAUAAUUCGGCUCCUUUGAUGGCAAAAGAUAAGUCUGGAAAUACAAUUCACUGGAAUCCUUCUGGACAUCGCUGGAUUGAUGGAUCAGUGGAAAAUGAUUUACCAAUGAACAAGCUUUCCGAACUUUUUAAUGUGAAUCAUUUUAUCGUUUGUCAAGUGAAUCCGCACGUAGUACCAUUCAUGCAAAAAAAUCUAAUUCCUUCUCCGAUUAGCCGAUUGGCAGGAUGGUUUUUAUUUCUUGCAAUAUCUGAAUUACAACAUCGGAUGAAUCAGUUGAGCGAGUUUGGCAUUGCUCCGAGUUUAAUUUAUAGAGUACAGUCUAUUAUGUCUCAACGAUAUUAUGGAGACAUUACUAUAGUUCCCAAUCUUUCAUAUACUGAUUUUUUGAAGAUCCUUUCUAAUCCUACUCCGGAAUCCAUGCGAGAAGCUACGUUAAGAGGUGAAAGGGCCACUUGGCUAAAAAUUUCUAUUAUUAAAAACCAUUGUCAAAUUGAAUUGACAUUGGAUGAAAUAGUCUUUCGACUUCGUCGUCGCUUGCUUGAUGAUCGCAAUGCUGCAGGACUUGAUGAUAUAGAUGUAGAAACUCAAAGACGAGAUUUUAUUUCUGAUAAUUCAAAUCAAUCAGAAAAUCAAAUUAGACGUAGUCGCGAACAACGCCCAAAAGUUCAACCUUUUUCUUCAACUAGAAUUGUAAGCCAGUGA